AAAGUAAACACAAGUCCACUUCCCCGACCUAACUGCCCCAACCAAUCCCUUCCGUUUCUUUACAAAUCCGAGUUUUUUAGAUCUCGAAACCUUCCUUCUGAGUAUCAUCUCUGUGGUGUGGGCAAGAGAGAGAGUACAGCAAAAUGGCAAGAGCAGGAGGGAUUACAAAUGCAGUGAACGUUGGAAUAGCAGUUCAAGCCGAUUGGGAGAAUCGCGAGUUCAUUUCCCACAUUUCCCUCAACGUUCGCCGCCUUUUCGAUUUCCUUGUUCAAUUCGAGGCUACAACAAAGAGCAAGUUGGCUUCAUUGAAUGAGAAGCUUGAUACUCUGGAACGUCGGCUUGAACUACUCGAAGUACAAGUGGGUACGGCAUCAGCUAACCCGUCUCUUUUUAAUAGUUAGAGUUUCCAAAUAAAAUUAUGUUUGUUGUAAUGCAGCUUAAAGAACCUCCCCCUCUCUGUAUCGAGAUUAUGAACAGACUUCUUGGUCUUGUAAACCGUCUAGAAACAUGUAUUCCUUGUGUAUUCUACUUAGUAACUUUCUGUAUAUAUAUAUACAUACACUUCACUUUUGGGAAAGUUUGCGCACGUUUAAUAUUGAUCACUGAUUCAUA